UGAGAAUGAUUCAAGCAAUCAGUCAAGAAAUUCAACGAGCGGAAAACCAUACACUACCAACAUUGGAAAUAGAUAGAUAGCAGGAUUUUGUUGGUAAGAAACUGUCCACAAGAGUCCUUAAAUAUCCGUGUGGUGUGAAUGAAGUUGUAUGACUGAAGGAUUACACUCCAAGUGAACUGAGCGCUUAAUAGCUACUUUAUACCUACUACUUGAAUUGUAGGAAGUACCAUAUGAAUCGUCUCGGUCGUGGCGAUGCAACAGGCGGAUCAAAAGCAAGCAAUUGAAGCAACGUACGGAAUUGAAAAUGUAUAUGUGUUAGAAUUAUCCUUGGACGGCAAUAUCUUAUACGGGACCAAUAACUUUACUGAAUUACUUGGAAUUCCUGGUUUGACUCUGGUUGGGAAAAGUAUUCAAAGUUUACUACAAGAUGACGAUAAAUUCACCUGGGCUACCCAGCAACUACUUGACGAUGACUCCAAGAGUGUUCGUAUCUCUUUAACCCUAAGUCCCUUACCCCAAGACGAAGAGCAAAUAUUUUUUGAAGAUGAGGAAAUGGAACUUCCCGUAGAACAACCUCUAGAGCUCGAUUGCAUUGGAAUCCUCAUUCGCGAUUCGCAAACCAACGCUCCCUCUCGUACCUUGUGGGUUUUAAGACCAAUCAAGCUUUUUGCCGAAAUCAAACAGGAAAUCGGACGUCAGCUUACACAGUUCCUUGGUUUCGGUGCUCAUCUGCUCGCUGAACAUCUUCACAAAAUCAAGGAAAUCCCCUUUUCAAAUCCACUUCCGCCAUUUCAAACGAUUCUCUGUCGGGUUUGUGAUCGGGAAAUCCAAAAUUGGUUCUUUGAACAACACUCCGAGUAUUGUCUAUUAACCCAUCAUGCGGAAGCCCGCGUGGAAAGAGCCAAUGAUAUGCUUAAUGAACAAAGGAAUGUUUUGCAAACCCUUUUAGAUACCUUGGAUUCCACUGGUUCCCGAGACUAUCCUCGCUUGUAUUAUUUAGACAUGCCGUUGGCAGCCAUCCUCCCUCCCUCCCUUCAGGGUUUCUUACGGUCACACAAUUCUGAACCUAAGAAAUCCGAAAAAGUUCGCCACUUUCUAUACAGCAUGCUCUUGGAAACGCUUCGCUUUAUCGACUGUUCACUCGCAAUUCACGUGCCUUCUUUACCUUCCAGUGAAGAUGAACGUCAAGAGAUGCCUUUUAACUCUAUUCGUCUCCUUUCUCCUGCCAGCGAGGUUUUGAGUGCGAAAUCUUUAUCAUGGUGUUUGCCCCAAGUUGAGGAUCCUGGUCUCAAAAAGCUCUUUGACGAUAGUAAUUCUCUUGUUCAAGCCAAGCUUGACGCUAAUACUCGUCUAAUUAAUAUUGUAUACUACGCCGAACGUUUACGUUGUGAAGUUGAAGACCAAGUGCAAACCAUCGUUGAACAGUAUGCUCAGCAUGAAGACCAAGAUCAAGAUAUCCAAUCUUCUUCCGUAACUAAAGAUGUCGAUCCCUCUUUGUUAAUCCAACCUGAAUCUCCUUCUCCCUAUCUUUCUCCAUCUCCAUCUCCUUCGUUUCAUCCUUUGUCUAUUGACAGUUCAGCCUCCUCUUAUUUAUUGGGUCCUAACUCUAGUAAAUUUCGAGCCCUUUCUCGAACAGAUCUUGAGUCAGUCACUCCGAUUGGCGAAAAGGUUAUCUCUUACUCAAGUAAGAAUUCUCGUCAACACUUUCCCAGCCUUGGCUCCGGUAAUUCUCCUUCGAAUAACUCAAUUUCUGGUAUCCCUAUCUCGUCACGUAGAAAAUCCGUCAGUACUAUGAAUGCAAUUUACGGUGUCGGAUCCUACACCUCAGAUACUUCACCAAAGCUAAAACCUUCUUUGUCGCUAGAACGAAGUUCUUUGUCAAAAACUAUUGAUUCCCCAAACCAGCCUUUAAGCAAACAAGUAGGCAUCUCUACUGUAGCUUCUUCCAACCUUACCUCCAAGGGGACUCCUUCCAUUCGCGAUUACGAAAUUAUAAAGCCCAUUAGUCGAGGAACUUUCGGUACUGUUUAUCUUUCCAAAAAAAAAUCUGUAGGUGAACUCUACGCAAUUAAGGUCUUGCGCAAGGCGGAUAUGAUUGUGAAAAACCAAGUUGCCAACGUCAAGGCUGAGAAGGCCAUUUUAAUGGCUCAAGAAGAAUCUCCAUUUAUUGCUAAGCUUUAUUAUGCCUUUCAGAGUAAGGAUUACCUAUAUCUUGUGAUGGAAUACAUGAAUGGUGGUGAUUGUGCUUCUUUGCUAAAGUCCUUAUACACCAUACCCGAGUCUUGGGUAAAGAUUUAUUUAGCAGAGGUUGUUUUAGGCUUAGAGCACCUUCACAAGCUUGGAAUUAUCCAUAGAGACAUUAAGCCUGAAAACAUAUUGAUGAGCAGCAAUGGUCACUUGAAGCUUGCGGAUUUUGGGCUCAGUCAAAUGGGUCUUAGUACAAGACAAUUUCGAUUACAGAAAGCGAGGUCCAGUCUAUCACCUCCUAGUUUUCAAUCGCCGACAUGUUUUACGGAUUCUAAUGAACCACUGACGAGCUCCCCUCUAAUGUUACCUACCAAUGCUGGACUUAACAGCCUUAUCACAGACUCACCCAGAAAGAAAAAGAACGAAUCUUUCCUUUUUUCAUACCAGUCCGAAAACGAAGGCUUUGAAAGUUCGGGCAGUGAAUCUACAAACAGAAAUGGUGAUUCUGGGUCUGAGUUCGGAUCUAGAAAGAGCUCACAUGGGUUUCCUAACAAUUCUCUUCCAUUUUUUAAAAUGUCUGAUGCUCCUAGAAAAUUCGUUGGAACUCCAGAUUAUUUGGCGCCAGAAACGAUCCAGGGUAGUAAUCAAGAUGACAUGGUUGACUGGUGGGCUUUAGGUUGUGUAUUUUUUGAAUUUCUGUUUGGUUAUCCACCUUUUCAUUCUGACACUCCUGAAAAAGUUUUUAAUAAUAUAGUGGCUAACAGAAUUAAUUGGCCUGACUUGGACAUGUAUCCUUGUUCUGCGGAAGCACUUGAUUUAAUGAAAUCAUUUUUACUACUCAAUCCUGAAAAUCGGCUUGGAGCCAAGGGAAUUCAGGAGAUAAAAGCGCAUCCAUUUUUUGAAGGAAUAAAUUGGAACAAUAUACUAAGUCAUGACGCUCCUUUUGUUCCAAGUCUGGAGACACCUUUGGACACUAUUUAUUUCGAUGAUCGAGGUGCAAUAAACUCGGAUGGAUGUGUUACUCCGUAUGAUACCGUUGAUGAGGAGUCUAUUAAAUUAAGUAGCUCCAAUCGUCGUAUACAAACAUCUUUGAAUCGUCAAUCGCAUUUUCGCGAACGAAGCCUCUCUGGUAGACGUUACCGCCGAUUUAGUGAAAACAUGAGUGAAUUUGACGAGUUUGGAUCCUUUUCUUACAAAAACUUGAGUGUGUUGGACCGGGCAAAUAAAAAUGCUAUUGACAAAAUUAGGUCUGAAUUAAAAUCCAAGCUCCAUAUAACGCCUCCAGCUUCAUCUUCUGCUCCAAAUAGCGAAGUUUCUUCGGCAAAGGUUUUUGAUUAUCAACAACCAAAUAGUCCUGGCAUACCAAAUUUUUCCUCUGUCUUCUCCUCUCAAGAAUCUACUCCUCGCAAAGCAUCAGGCGCUAGCGCUGAAUACGAUUUCAAAACCAAAGCAGAAUCCACCAAACCCAAUGCAACUGAUUUUGUCAAACAGUUGCAUUUACGCAACCAAAGUACUACGAAUGCAUCCGUUGCUUCUUCGGAAAGCGACGAAUGUUACAUCCUUGAUUUAAUACAGACCAACAAUCUCUCUACUGAUCAACUGAAGCCUGAUGAACUUCAGUCAUCGCCAAAUUCUUCUCCUUCAGUCAAUUCUCCUACAACGCUUACACCAAUCGCUCACCUGAAGGUGGUUAUAUGUGUAGAUAAACAAAGUUCGUUUUCUGAACUUAUAAGUCGUCUAAGGUCAUACAAGUUUGAAGUCACAGUAAUAGAUGACGAGGAUAAAAUUUUAAGAGUAUUGAUGUCUGAUGAAAAGUUUUCGCUGAUUUUCUUACAGCUUGACUUAAUUCGUAUUUCGGGGAUCUCAAUCUUGAAGAUAGUUAGAUCGAGCAGCAGUCCUAACAGAAACACACCAGCAAUAGCUUUAUUACCUUCCAGAAUAGAUAUUAAUGCUGCAGUCCCACGUUUGUUCGAUGGUCGUUUAUAUCUUCCUAUAAACAGUUAUCUUCUUCGAGGUUAUAUAGCUCGGCUCUGCAACCGGUGAUUAAUUGGUCAAGUCUUUAUUUUAUUUUACUUUUAUUUAUGUUAUAAAAUCUUCCAAGUGGCAGUACACGAUUUUUGCUAAUGAACGAUUGGAUUUAAUAUAUUUUUACUAGACAGCGCGGUGAUUGUUUAGAGGGCUCAAUUUACGUUAUUUUGUUUAUAAAUGUUUAUGUUAUAUGUUAAUAAGUAUUUCAAGUUAUAGAACUAA